GUCAAGCAAGCACUACACAAGUCAACCGUCGUCGCAGCUGAUCGUACUAGCGUACUAGUCGGCAGCAAGGAGCAAGUUUUGUGCCUACGUUGUCGGGCCUCUUUUGUCCCGCAUAACGUUGGUACAGCAUAAUCACUAUGGGAAACAUCCUGCUUACGUCGCCUCUGAGCACAGCGGCAACGUCUUUCGCAAAACGAAAGCGGAAAUCCACGGACGAUGAUUCCUCCGGACAAGACUCGGAGUGGGCCUCGGCGCCGAAAAGAAAGAAGCUCAUGACUACAUCACAGUACAUCUACCGCACGCUGUUCCUGGAAGGACAAAACAGCGACGUGACCAUCGUGGCCUUGGGAAUCGAUUGGUGCCUCCACAAGGUCUACCUCUGUCAGUCUCCAUAUUUUGCAAGCAUGUUCUGUGGUGAUUGGAAAGAGAAAGAAGAAGGUGUUGUGGAGGUGGGAAUUGAAGAUCCACGAAUUACCUGUGAUGCCCUGAAGAUUGUUUUUGGCUCACUGUACCUGGAUGAAAUUGUCAUUGAGCCAGAUGAUGUGAUCCCUGUGCUGGCGACGGCAACCUUGUUUCAACUGGAUGAACUCAUACAGCUGUGCUCUGAAAUAAUGGAAGAGACAAUCAAGCUGGACACUGUUAUUUCAUAUUACGAAGUUGCUGAACAGUACGCUCUGACACGCCUGAAGCAGAAGUGCUUCGAAUGGCUGGAACGCAAUCUCACGUUCCUUGUCAAUGAGGACGCGAAAACUCUACGGCAGAUUUCCCCUGGCCUCAUGGAGCAGCUGGUCAAAUCACCUAGAUUAGUCGUCGUGCAGACAGAGUUCUCACUCUACCUUAUGGUCACGGCCUGGACUUUUUUGAGGGAGCACCCUUCUUGGGAAGGUGACCUGAAGGAGUGUGCACUGGAAGCACACAAAUACUUUAAGGAGAAAUCAGGAGACUGCUUCACACAGUGUGAAGAAGGCCAGGAAUACACAGAGGUGUACAAGGGCCUGCGAAUUGAGCAUCUCAUCAACCACCCCUUAGACGUGGUGAUGAUAGAGCAGAACAACAUCUACCCAAAAGAGUCUCUGUAUCCUGUGUUCCGUAACCAGUGGUACCAAAUGCUGAGAAUCGACCAAGGCCUCGACAAGGGUCCAAAAAACAUAGCGGAAGAAGAGUUUGACAAAUGCUGCCUGCGUUGUGGCCGAAUCCUUAUGACAGAUGUACAGCACAUUUGGCGGUGGACAGGCUACAACUUUGGGGUGGACCUCAUCGUUACUUACCAAACCAGGACCAUCAAAUUUCGGCGCAAUGACCGGUCAGAGCCUGAAGUGCUACGUUCAAAUGUGGCUUGGGGCCGGAGGCAUCUACUCUACCGGCUUUCAGUGUACACACUGGGGCCCCUAGGUGACGCUGUAUUGCUGGACUCAACAGGUCUUCGGUCACUCACUCUUGGCAGGAAUGCUGAGACCAAAGUGCUCACCAUCGAGAAGGAGUUCAAGCUUCCUAUCAUCAUCAGCGCCAACUUUCUUGUGACCACACCACUCUCCCACGAGACCACUGAGGCUGUGCAGAGCUAACUCGCUACGUGCAGUUUGAUCCCAGUGAACAGCAAAAUGUGUGAAAGGUUACUACUGCAGGACUGCCGGGUUCUGUGUGUGCUAUCUCAUUGCAUGCCGGUGUGUAAAAAUCAAAAUAUUGGCUAGUGGCAUGUACACUUCAUUAACAGUACAAACGACCACCAUUACAGCGAUACAGGAUACAGGGAAACAGGAGCCUGUAAACAGUGCAACUGGAAGGAAAGCAGAAUCAACUGGCUGACCCAUUCGUGGAAUAAGGGAUAUGUGAAAUUCGUUGAGCUGGCUUUUCCUCACGCCUAAGUUGCCCUAACCAAUUAGACCAAGCUCCCGCUUGCAUCACUGCCAGAGCCAAGUAAUAUGUUCUAAAAGCUUGGACUGAGUGAAGGGCGGCAGGGAUGGUGGCACAAGCAUUGAUGCCAUAUUUUUAAUUCUAGUCCAAGGUCCGCCAUCUUGGUCAGGCCAGACAAAUUGUGUGGGGAAGCACACUUGUGGAAUUUGCCGGCACACCACAUAUUGAUCAGCUGGUCACACCAAGAACAACUGCAGCUUGACUGCAUACAAUGCCAAGGUUAAAUUUUGGAGCCAGCGUAGGAGGCACUGCAAUACAUGUCUUUCCUCCUUGGUGCAUGGUUUGGUCCUGUUUCUGUGAAUGCAGCUCCACGAGAUGCAUGUUUUUGUUCAUGCGUUAUUUCUCACGCGAAUGUAGUGGGCUACCUUGUGUCCACGGUCUUCCACCACUGGUGGUCUAUGCCAGGAAUUGGUUUGCAAGGCAGCCCCCUUCCCCUCCUUAGCUGUGCAGUCCCAUGUGUCACAAUUAAAGUUCAUGUUUAUCACAAUCACUUUAUGAUUUAAGUCACAAGUGCAGUGUCAUGCACAGACAUGUUAAAGAGCACAAAAAUAUCGGUAAAUAUAUGUCAUUCACAGAAGUUACCAUUUGGCUGUGUCAUAAAAGCCUUUGCAAAUUCACUCUUGAUAUGAACUACUCGAAAUUCUGAGAGUUUGAUUUAUUGAUCGUGGCACGUAGUUUUCACCUGACACAUUGUUGCUGAUGCCUACAUCACUGACUCUUAUAGUACCAGAUGUUUUAAUUUUUGUUUGCCUCAUCUGUAAAUGUUGGGGCACAUACUGUUGGUGUGCACUUCAAACGCAAACAUCUUUUGCAGUGAGAACUUAUAACUUAAUGAUUUGCUGUGCAAAAAGAAAAAUAGCAUUCUUAGUGAUUCAAUAAGAAUUUUGUCAUGGCUGUAAAAAAUAAAAUGAAAUGUUUGCAUAGGUGCAGUAUUCCCUUGCUCAUGCAAGACAAUGGAAACUUUUUUUCUUAGCAGCCAAUAAAAGUGAUGAAUCAUUUGCAAACAUUCUGCUUGUAAAACAGUUUGUAAAACAAGAAGCUGCAUGAGCAAAAACUCUCCAAGUACUGGCAACAAUCCAAAGGUUAGGAGAUAAACAUUAGGCUGUGUAGCCAACGUCUACACAGCAAGUUUUGUUUGCAGCAUAAAAUUUAUUGCAAUUGCUUUCUUUCUGCAUACUCAAGGGUUUUUGUCAUGGAUGCAAAAACACAAAAAUGUGAUCAGCAUAUAUGGAUCCCAGUGCCAUCAUAGCAAAGGGUGGCAGGUACAUCCCGAUGCCCCAGUUGAUAUGCACCAAGAAUGACAGAGAGAACAAGACUCUUCUAUGAAAAUGUUUACCAGGUGUAGAAUGUUAGAGAUGCUUUUCCAAAGGUGCCUGCAAUUUCUUCUAUGUUAUUAGCUUUUACUCAAACAAAUCUCUCCUGUAGGAAGCAUUUGUAUGCAAGUGGUUCGCACCAGUUGUAAGGCAGAGGAGAAGGGUUACUGGAAAAUGGGCCCAGCUUUACUGGGAAAGCAGCCACAUGUAGGUGGUGCCAAGGUCACACUACAGUGUACUAAAUGGUGCCCAGUGCAGCAAUGUGAUCAUUGCAUGGAUGUGGAACUGAAAUCAGUCACUGCUCAGUGUAAGGCAGUCAGUGUUGGAUCUUGAAGGUCUCUGAGGCAAGCGGGGUAUUUGCACACGUGUCGAAAGGCAAUGUCGUGGUAAAGUUUAACAGAGGUGCAAAGUACUGAUGAAGGGUGCAGGUAGGUGAUAUAAACUUGUCUGGAACAAGGCGAAAGCUUUAUAAAAAAAAAAAAAAAAAAGCCAAGCGUUAGCAACAAAAUCAAGAAAGGAGCGAUAUCUCUAACAAUGGAAGUGGCGAGCAUGACACGAAAAGCAGCCAUGUGCCUUUCAGCAGGCUGAACCAGCGCUUGAACUCUCCCCAAAUUAAUUUUUUUACUUUUGUCUCUUCUGAACGGAAUUUUAGUUCUGUGGAAUUUGCUGAUUACUUUGUAAAUAUUGGCUUAAGAGCACGUAAUAUUGCUGAUGGCAAAUAUAGAGUAGGUUUUAUCGUUCCAGAGGGCCUUCUUUUGUAAAUCAGUUUGUGCACAUCGACUGGGACACCCAGUGUAAAAAUUUGGCCCCUGGGCUUCUCCUAAAUAGUCCAUUUUGCUUCCAGUAAAAUAUUUACGCUUGUUUCUGGCCACAGUGACCUUAACUAACUGGAAGAGUGAGAUUUUACUAGCCCAAUGAAGCACUUAGCGAUUAUAAUUGCUCCCAACAUCAAAGAGUUAUCUUCUAAUGAGCCUGUGUGCAUGAUAAUCUGCCAAGAGGGAAAUAAAGCAAGCUGUGACACAUGUUAGCCUUAAAUAUAAUGAAACCCUCAAAACAAACAUUCUUAAUAUAGGCUUCACAAAAAAAAUUAAUUUAUUAUAAGCCCGAAAUAUUAUGCUAGUAGCCAGAAAGAAGGCAUACUUUUAGUUGGUUUAACUUGCACUGUACAUAUAUCUUGUUACCCUGACGCAGAUUUACCUUCUGUGCUUAACCUUCUCAUCCUAACACUUUUGUCAUCGGUAUUCAUCAGAUCAUCACAUAUGGCUUCAUGUCCCAUGUCACAUUUUUAUUUGUCAAAAGUGAGAGCUGCGAUUUUAAUGUUACUCAUUGUUGUCGGCAAACUUUAGUAUCUGUGAUGCAUGAUUUUUCUUUUUCUGAAUUGCUCUUAGCGUUAUUGUGUUUUCUGGUGUUCUACUAAUGUAAAGAAAAGCAGAACAUGAUUAUGCAAUGCACAUGUGGUAGAUUUUAGUCUAUUUUCCAGUUGUGUGACAGAUGUUUUAUGUAUUUCAAGCUGUGUGUGUGUUUUCUCUAAACAAUCUGUUGUCCUGGUCUACAGUAUUAAUGCGCACAGCAACUGCACAAUAUCCAAGAUGGCAGUUUUUGAGUGACUGAAUCGAUUCUUGAAUACCAGAAAAAUGCUGCUGAUACAGUGUUAAAAUUUUAUUGCAACAGAAAGGUUUUUCUAUAUUUAUUUGCAUGCAGUAAAUUCACAAAAUUUUUAUGCACCCAUUUGGCAUUGCUAGGUUUGUUACCAGUUAUUGGAAUACUAGGCCAGGAUAAUGUAACGAUUAUAUUCUAAUGCCAUUUCUUGUUGCACUUCUUCAGUCGUUGGAGCAGUGCUCCACCUGCAUUUAUUGGCCGGAUCAGCCAGCCAUGAAAGGUGGAUGAUAAGACUGGUGUGGAAUUGAGUGAUAGGAACCACUACAUUAUACUGGCCCUAGUCGACUUCGCUACUGUGGUGUCAUUGUGUUUUGUUAACUUUAACAUGCAAUGGCGGUGGUAUGAAAAUUCAGCACGGAGAUUGUUUAGUGAGCACGAACUACUCAUUCUGCAUGUUUGUGGCAGAAAGGCCGUUUGGUAUUGUGCUGUUUCAGUGCAGAUAUUAACAUCAUUCACGAAAGAGCUUGCCUGUUGAGUGAUUUGAGAUUGAGUUGUACGACUUAUAAUGUGAGAACAAAGUGCCUUGCCUGUGACAAAAUGUUUGGAGUUGCGAUGCUAAGAAUCUGCUUUUGCGAGGUAUUUACAUCUUGUUUCCUUGGUGUUUUUAGACAUACAAGUGUCUUGAAUCAUUUGCAGAAGCAUUCGUCAUGUGAACUGCUGUUUGAAGAUGUUCGUGCUACUUUUAAUGUGUGUGUGCGUAGGUGUGGGAUAAUUUUUUUGUUGUGCUUACGGUUGUGCAAGUGGGUACAUUUCUACAGUUGUGUAGGUGUUGUCUCCUUUGUGUUUUUAGACGUGCAAGUGUCUUGGAAGCAUUUGCAGAAGCAUUCGUCAUGUGAACUGCUGUUUGAAGAGGUUCGUGCUUGGUUUUGAUGCAUGUUUGCAUGGUUGUGGGAGGAUCUUUUUGUUGUUGUGUUUACGGUUGUGCAAGCACAUUCAUUUCUACAGUUGUGUAGGUGCGUCCAUUUUUACAUUUUGUUGCAAGUCUGAAGGCUUUGACUUGGAUAUAAUACAUAUUAGGCAUUUAGACCAUGAAGCUGCAGGACAAAGGGCAUAAAGUGGGAGUAUAUGUGCUAGUAGCCGGUGACUGAAAUUUAUUUGUAGGUCCUUCUUUUACAGCAUAACAAGUAUACAUUUCACGAGUCACUAAAGUCACUAUUUCAGUAUCUGCAUGAAAUGGACCUCCAUGUUUACACACACUAAUUUCAUUUUCACAUUAUGCCGCAUGGCUAACUAGACGAAUACAAAAAUUAUGCAUGUGUGUGGGCAUAAACAGCAGUAUGUGCUUUUCAGUUGGGAAACAUUCUUUAUUCGCUGUCCUAGUCACUCUUCCCAACAAUUCUAUAUUCAAAGAAAACUGGAGUUAGAAACUAACUUUUCUUUUAGUACUUUUCAUGGGCAAAUAAAAUGCUGUUAGAAGAAAAGAAGUGCAUGAAAGAAAAAAGGCAUUCUUAUUUUUAUCCUUCAAUAUGUAACAGCAUCUUUUCUUGUUUCUUGCAUUGCAAAAAUUUAUAUUGUACAUAUCAUGAAGUCAUUGUGCUCACUUUUUCACCAUAAGCCUGCUCAUGUGUUGCUCUUUUGUGGCUACAUAUAUGUACGCCUUUGUCAUGUUGAGGGGGGGGGGGGGGCAGCUCUUUUAUUAAAUUUAGUUGUUUUAUAGCACCGUUAUAUUUCAUUAUACCUUUUGUCCUGCAUGCUCAUGCUUAAUAGUAUUGCCAACUGGCCUGAAAGCACAUUCUGUUGUGAACAUUUCUCACUAGCAGGUGCAGUUAAAGGUUUUUUUGGUGCAAUGUCACUGAUCUGCCUAAAGAGAUCUAAGGGUCUAAAAAUAGCUGUAUGACUGUUUGCAUUAGCAGCUUGUUCAGCAUUGAGAAGUGACUCUAGCAAAGUCCAUGCACAAAACUUGCAUUUGCAAAGAGCUGAUUCAGAUAGUCAAGUGAGGGGAAUAUUGCAUAAGCAAUGUGCUUUCCAUUUAUGUAUGAUAACAGUGGCUUAUAAGAAGUUUAAAAAGCUGCGACCUGUUAUUUGUUUUAGCAUGUUGUUUAGCAUUAAAAAGUGGCUUUCAAAUCACGCACAACAGUGGUGCCCACAAAUGGUACAGAUGGGUGGUUAUGUGGAGGGAAUCUGCCAGAAGCAGCAGGCUUGUAUUAAAAGAAAACAGGAAUGGCCUAGAAGAAGUAGAAAUCUAGUUCCUGGUGUAGAGGCAAGUUAUUUCUUGGCUUUAUGAAACUGCCACGUUUUUUUUUCACAGCUUCGGAAACAUGGAUAUGCAUGAGCUUCACCGUGAAGGCCACUUAACAUGGUGCACCAGUGCUGGUGACUAUGAUGCAGAGUACAAUUUUGUUCUUGGUUUAGUUACAAAUUUGUUAUUUGCUUAUUUGAGCAAAAUGCACAUAUGCCAUCCACUUUUUCUUACCUAAUGCGGUUGCCUAUAGAUCUUGCCCGUGAUAUAUGCUGGUUUAAGAGCAAAUAAAGAAGAAGAAAAAAGGCAUUCAAACUUUUUAUCUGUACUAAUAAGACCAACCACUGGACAAGUUUAAUAAUCUACUACACUUAGCUAAAAUAUCUAGUAGCAUGUUCUAAUUCCACUUUAUCAUACUUUUGUGCUGUGUUAUAAAGACACAAAGGAGAGCUGCAUAACUUUAUGCAUUUUUACCUUGUAACACAUGUGAUAAACAUUGAAAGGUGUUUCAAGCCACAUAGAAAAGAAUAAAAAAGCUGCCAGUGUGUGAAAUUAGUGUUAUAAAGCCUUAGAAUGUAAAAUACACAAACAUUUUUCUCACCCUUUUUGUUUAUUGCCAGUAUGCACUGUUUCUACUAACAAGCUGAUGCCUGCCUUAAUUUAAGCACCAUUUACUGAUUUAUAUUGACAGUGCAGGUCUUUUGCUUGCAAUAUUUUGUGUUAGUGGACAUUUCUUGCUCCAAAAAGUCCUCCCCCCCCCCAACACUUUUUUUUUGCCUGCGCUGUUCUCAUGUUCUAGUCUGUAUUGCUGAAGCAACAGCAACUUUCAUGCAUGUUGAGCUUCCAUCUUGUUUGGACUGCGCAGACAGUGUUAAUGUGUGUUUGAGUGUGGUUGCAAAUAUUUCAUGUUGUCGUUGAGAGACUGUAUAGCAAAUGACUUGGUGCAUUCUUUUUAGCACUGAGUGACGUAGGAGUGCUGAACUUUUGAAAUAUUUUUCACAGCUCUGACAAGUGCUCCUUUGCUGGCAGAAGUACGCAGACCACAGCAGUUACCAAGAAAUAGUUUCCUUUUGAAAAAGCAUACAUUGUAUAACUUAACAAUGCAGCCUACACAGAUUCAUGUGACUACUGCAAAAGCACCACUUGAUUUCGAACUGGGAGCUGCAAGAAAAACAAAUUUUUUUUUUUAACUGUUGUGGUGUGUGGGCUUUUUCUGGUAUUAGGACAUGUUCUUUUGCUUUUAUUGAUGGAAGGUACUAGCAAUCUGCUGUGCAAUACAUUUGCAAACUAUGUUUGGUGCAAAACUUUUUUUUUCUCGAAGUGUCUUGUUUCAACAGAGUGUUUGCUAGUGCUGGUUCAGAAUAACUGCAAAUAUCACUCGGUGACAGUUGCUUUUGUGUUGUGUUAUUUCUAAUUGCAUGCAGCAUGCAUGCAUAAUGCUAUUAAAAUUGAAAUCAAUGGUAUUCCCGCAAAUUCGUAAUUUGAAUCCUCUGCCGAACCUGCAAGAUUGUUCCUAGUUUGCAUUUUGUUUUCAUUAACCUAGAGGCAUGUUACUUAUUACCUUAAAUAAAGUUGUACUGUGGGGAAGAUCAUGUA